AUGGAAAGCUCAAAGCUUAUGACUACUCCACUUAUAGUCAAUGAAAAAUUACCCAAAGCAGGUGGUGAAAGAAAAGUGGAUGUUAGUAAUUUCAGAAGCUUAAUAGGCAUCUUGUUGUAUUUGACUACUACUAGGCCUGAUCUCAUGUUCUUAGCUAGCCUCCUUUCUAGGUUCACGCAUUCACCAAGUCAAGCUCAUUUUGGUGCUGGAAAGAGAGUGCUCAAGUAUUUGAAAGAGACUUUGAAUUUUGGCUUAUGGUAUGAGAAGAAUGCUAAAAUGAAAUUAGUGGGAUUUAUGGAUAGUGAUUGGGCAGGGAGUGUAGAUGAUUCCAAGAGUACAUCAAGUUAUAUAUUUCAUUUGGUAGUGGUGUAUUUUGUUGGAACUCCAAGAAGCAAGAUGUGGUGGCAUAAUCUUCAGUUGAGGCUGAGUAUGCUGCAGCGGUAG